GACUGAAGAGUUACGCUAAAAAACAGAGGACCGUGAGUUGGAGGGCAAACUCUCCAUGGUGGAGAAAUACAACAGCCGCAUCCCUGAGCUGGUGGAACGCCUCUACGGCUGCACAGAGAGAGAGGCCCAACACGCAGAUUUUAUCCUGGGGACUGUCCAUAAGUCAAAGGGUCUGGAGUUUGACACGGUGGUGAUCACUGAUGACUUUGCUAAGGUCCACUGUGCCGCCCACAACUUACCUAGACUUUCCAGCUGCUCAGGAGGUGACGUCCCAGACGAUUUGUGGAACCUGCUGUAUGUGGCGGUGACUCGGGCCAAGAGCUCUCUGGUCAUCACCAAGAACAUCACCAACAUCCUCACACUGGCUGGAGUGAGAGCACUGAACACUGGAGGCUGGUGCGUGGAUGACGGCUCAUAAUAAUGGCUGGAAUGGUAUUAAACACAUGGAAACCAUGUUUGAUUCCAUUCAGGCCAUUAUUAUGAGUCGUCCUCCCCUCAGCAACCUCCUCUGGCACUGACCCCCUCCACUACACUCAUCCCUCUUCACUUCUCUCUCUAUUCUUCUACU